AUGUCGUACAUGGACAGCGAUGAGGAGGCCUCUCCGGAGAUGCUCAUGCAGUAUAGGAGGGCGGUGGAGAUGGCGCAGAAGGAGGACCUUUCCGCCUUUGACCGUUCCGGCCUGAUCCAGUCUCUAGGGAAAAACAAAGACAAUGAGGAAGUGCUGCUUAUCACGUUUUGCUUCCUGACUGGCGCAGCAGACGAGCUUGAGAAGGCGAUGCACUAUGCGCUAGCGAAGCUGCACGAGAUGGAGAAUCAGCCGUUCGCCGUGAUCUUCGCGCUAGCCAUGACCAACUGGCUUAAUGAUGCUGUAUCUGUUCUAAAGCAGUGCUAUUUGUCUCUCCCUCGCUCGAUCAAGAAGAACCUGAAGAAAAUUUAUCUCCUGCACUGGACACUUGCUAGGAAGAUGGUCCUGGACGCGAUGUCCAACGUUGUCUCCGAGAAAUUCUGGAAGAAGAUAGUCUACGUAGAGCAGCUCUCAGACAUUCUCAGCACUCUUCAAAUGCCUCCCAUCGAGGCACUCACGAAGAUUCCGUACGUCGUUCAGCACGAGGAGGAAGAGCGCGUUUCCCCUGGCAGCGCGCUGACAAUCUACGGGACGCCUGUGGCGACGCUGUGCGCCCGAAUUCCGACGAACAUCGUUCCGCCCUACACGCGGCUCCCUAGGAUCUACGUUGACUUUGUCGACCACAUCACUUCUCGUGAGGUCAUUGGCACAAAAGACUUGUUCUGCUUGCAAGCGGAUUGCGCGUCCAUCUACGCGUUUGUUGGGGACAUUGACCAAGGCAACCCUUUCGCCGAGUGGACAAACAUCCCUGCCCUAAUCACCGGCUUCCGACUCCUUUUCGACUGCCUGACAAUCCCAUUCCUCGGCGAAGGGGCUUAUGGCACCUUCUCAGCCCUAACCAAGGCCGCGACCGCACCAGAUAAAACAAAACUCCUCGACACCGUGAUGCAGGUGUACUCAUCCCUGUCGCCAGGCGAACAAGAAGCGUGUUCGUACAUAAUGAAAGCCUUCAAGGUUAUCUCAGGGGAAUCCUCUCAAAACGCGAUGACACCCUUGAGGAUCGCCGAGGUGUUUGCCCCGUCGUUCUGUCGUCCGCCUACCAAACCAGAUUCUCAGGCCCCCAUCGUUACCCAAAUGAUUGUCCAAGCAAUUUCGCUGGCUAUCGAGAAUGCAGAGAAGCUGACUCCGAAUGCGCAGCCGAAGGCAGUUCAACCUGCAGCGGCAGCGCCCGCAGGAAAAGCAGCCCCGAAGAAGAAACGGGCCGAGAGCUCUUCAUCGGAGUCGUCUUCUUCCUCUUCGGACGAGGAAUCGUCUUCUUCGGAAGGUUCGAGCGACGAGGCGCAAAAGAAGGCGAAUGGCACAAAGCCUGCGGCUCCUGCAACUGUCCCCGCCCGGCCGCCAGCGGCUCCUGCGGCCACCGGGGAGCCGGAGACUGCGACGGCCCCGGCGGCCCCCAAAGCUGCUGCGCCGAAGCAACAGAUUAACCGGCAGGCUUCAGCAGGCAAGAGACCCAGCAGCUCGUCAAGCAGCGAGGAGAGUUCGGACGACGACACCUCCUCCGAAGAGGAAGACGACGACUAA